CCAGCUCCCGCAUCCCCCAGCCUACAGAAACGGAGACGGAGCGCGCGGCUGGCCGAAUCACCUCCCCACCGCCCCUCCGCCGGCCAUCUUCCCACCGCGCGCCCGAAUGCGCUGCCGCCACUUCCUAAACCCCCUCCUCUCUCCCCUCUCCUUCGCAAAACCCCCUUCCCGCCCCCUUGCCAGCCGCGCCCGCGCCGUGGCCCAGCCGCCCGCCCAGGCCCAGCGCCGCGCCGCCCUCGCCGAGCCCGACGUCGGCAUCUCCCGGUUCGCCUCCUCACUCCCCGGCUUCCGCGGCGUCCUCAAGCAGCGCUACUCCGACUUCGUCGUCCACGAGGUCGCCCGCGACGGCACCCUCGUCCGCCUCACCUCCUUCGACCUCCCCGACGAGCGUGCAGAUACGGAUGACGAGGCCAACGCGGACCUCCCGCAUGCACUGGAUUCAUUCCGGCUGCUCUGCGGUGACGCUGAUGCUGAGGCGUUGAGGGGAUUUCUGUCGAGGGUUUCAGAGGGUGAUAGUAAUGUCUCACCGAUCAUUCUCUCCCCUGACGCUGAUAAGGCUCAUCGCUUGGAGGUGCAUGACUUCUUCAAGAGGAACUUCAUCUUCUUGGUGACGGACACCGUUGAGCACAGCGAUGGGGUCCAGAGGUGUAUUAGGGUGCGGUUGAGGUCAGGGCCACGUGGCCGGAGGAAUGUUGGUGAGAAAGCGAGCAAUAGGACGGGCAUAGGAAGUUCUGAACCUUCAGGCUGGAGAGAUGACAUGCCAUUUGAUAGUAGAGGAUCUAUAACCUGGCCUUACCAUCUUGGGAAGUUUCUCAGGUUUCAUCUCUACAAAGAGAACAAGGACACCCAGGAGGCACUAAGAGUUAUAGGAAAAAUGUUAGGGCUUCAGCCACGAUCUUUUAGGAUUGCAGGGACAAAGGAUAAACGUGCCAUUACAACCCAACAGGUAACACUUUUCAAGGUACAUGCUAGUAGGUUGGCUGCUCUAAAUAAUAAACUCACUGGCAUUAAAGUUGGAGAUUUUAAUUAUGUGAAGGAGGGCCUUGUUCUUGGUCAACUCAUGGGAAACCGAUUUACAAUUACCUUAAGGAGUGUUAUCGCAGAAUCAGAAGACGUGAUUAAGGCAGCUGUCGAUGGAUUGAUAAAAAGUGGAUUUAUCAAUUACUAUGGUCUACAGCGUUUUGGUAGUGCUUCAGUACCAACUCAUCUCGUUGGUGCUGCUUUGCUGAGAGGAGAGUGGAGAAGUGCUGUUAGCUUGAUUCUUGAUCCAAGGGAAGGAGAGUAUGAUGACAUGAAUGGGGUAAGGGAACAUUAUAAGGAACAUGGUGAUAUUGAUGUGGCUAUUAGGAAUUUUCCUCGGCGUCUCAUAGCAGAGAGGGCCAUCCUUCAGCGUUUGAAGAAGUACCCUGGCAACUAUCUACAAGCACUAAUGGCUAUACCUAGAACACUGAGACUGAUGUAUGUACAUAGUUACCAGAGUUAUCUAUGGAACCAUGCUGCGAGUAUGAGAGCUGGAAUAUAUGGUUUAUCAGGUGUCAUAGAAGGUGACUUGGUUUACAAAAAAGAAUGUCUUGGAGAAGGAACUCUAACAGAUACUUCAAAAAAUAAUGAUGACCACACGAUUGCAUCUGAAAUGGACAUAUUUGUUGAAACACUUCCGGAAGAAACGAUCCAGUCUGUCAAGAUAGCUGAUUCUGAAGAUUUAUUGAAGGCAGUGUACACACUCGAGGAUGUUGUCCUUCCUUUGCCUGGCUCAGAAACAUUGUUUCCUGGAAAUGAAGUUGCUGGGAUUUAUCAUGAAAUAGCUAAUAAGGAUGGUAUUAGCUUAACAAAGAGCAUCCAUGGAGUCAAGGAAUUCUCCAUUACAAGCAUGAAAGGAGGUUACCGUCGUGUAUUACAACGACCUAUUGACUGUAAAUGGUAUUUUAGCACUCCACAAGUGCUUAAAUGAUCUAUCAGGACCCACAUCAGACAUGUGAUAUUAGCCAGAUUUGACUGUAAAUUUGCCAUUUUUGGCCCAUUUCCACCUGGGGCUGUCAUAAGCAUUUGAAAAUGGAGUCCUGCUAAUUUGGUCUCUUGUAUCAGCAAAGUGUCCAUUAUGUACUAUAUUCAGUUAUCUUCUGAUUUUUUUUUUCGAGAAAACGCAAAGGAUCUUUGCGUUUCAUUGCAUUGAAAAGAUAGAGUCUGGAUACAAUCCUCCGAGGUCAAGUACAAAUGCAAGAACUUCCGUUGCAGAUCUCAAAAAGCUCAGGAAACUGAUCUUUUGUAUAAAACAAUUAAAGCGGCUAAGCUAAGGCUGCUGCUGUGCAUUUCAAGUGUUUUGGAUCUCGGAGUUCUUUGCUGCACAUUUUUCCGUUCAACCCCAGAUCGUAGUCCCCGAGGUCAAGGAUCAACUGAUGAUAAUUAUGCCACACACUUGAGAUAAUUCAUGUGGACAGAUCACAUGCCAUCUUAGUGUUUGGGAAUCUAUACAUGGAGAAAUGAUAGGUUGGGAUGCUGGUUUGACAGGCAUGAUAGGGACGUCGUGACUUACACAGAUGACAAAAUACACUUAGUGGAGACUGACUUGGAUGUUCUAUCCAAAGCCAAGCCAUCUGAAGUAAA